GAUGAGAUAAUUUAACCCUUUCAUUACAUGGAUGACUUAGUUAGCACAACUACAUUCAGAUCCUGCUCACGCAGAGCUUUUCACGCGUUGUCUCGUUUCUCGCUUCUUUACAGCCAAUCAACGCACGACGUAUCACGUGGUGACGCAAAACGUAGCUCUUUGUGACGCAAAACGUAAACAAUGAUCCCCACGCUUCAUAAUCCAGUGUUGGUUAUAGGCUAUAACAUGCAGGGUAAUUAAAGUAUUGUCCUGACGUUUUGUUCUUUAUCUGAUUAAGAUGUCUUUUGGCAACUGAUACAUUUACAUUUGUAUCUGGCGAAACUGGCCCCGAGCCACAGUGCAUGUUAGGAGGAGGAGGAGGUGGAGGUGGAGGAGGUGGAGGUGGGAAGUGGAACACGGGACUCCAGCCUCCUCUUUUAUAAUACCACUCAGCGUGACGCGGUGGAGACCUGCCGCCGCCGCUACUGCUGCUUUCACUACUUUGUGUUGAGACUUUGACGACAUGAGUCUCUUCUCUGCUCACUUUAUCCGCGGUUUCAUCAGCUAGAAGAGACAUGUCGGCUCAGGGAAUACUCAGCAGCGUUUUCUUGUGCUCCUUAAGUCCUGAAACUAUUUCUAAGCGCAGACUGAGGCAGACCAGGAGCCUGGACGCGGUAAUGAUGCGACAGUACAGUACUGAAGCGGAGCAGUCGCCCUAUAUGGGUAACUUCACCUGGAGAAGUGCAUCUGAGGGCAGCGUCGGUCUGACACCUGUCCACCUGCAGAGCCUCUCUGAACUGGAGAGGGUUCGUCUCCAGGACGUGGCCUUCAGGCGAUUGCUUCGGGAUCGUGACCUUGGCUGCCACAUCAGCAUUCCCAAACGUCACAAGCACAAGAAGUCACUGAAGAAAAAGUUCGACUCGUUAUCGAAGGAGAGGAGUAAAGACAGAGAGACUAUGCCCCAGGCGUUUGGCAUACCACUGACGCAGGUCAUUUCCAACGACCGCAUACACAAGCAGCGGCCCGAACCCCCGCGGGAAGAGCACAGUGACCCGACAGAAUUGAUGCUGUCCUUCCUUCACUUCACCUACAGCUUCAAAAGAGCCAACAAAGAGCUCUCCAGCAGCACCUCCUCUCUCAGCUCCACCUCUGAGACCCCAAAUGAAUUGCCUCUUCUGAACAUAUUAGAGGCAACCCCGCGGACCCGCAGGAGGGGUGGAGUGUCUGUAGAUUGCAUCACAGACCUUGAUGAUGACCAGUCUCAGCUCCUGGAGGCUCUCCAACUGUCUCUGCCAGAGGAGGCUUUUGGCAACAGGAAGAAGAGCCGUGACAAGAAGCUCAGCCUUAACCCAAUCUACAGACAGGUGCCCCGGGCAGUGGAUCUCUGCUGCCAACACCUGGAAAAAUACGGGCUGCACACAGUUGGAAUUUUCCGAGUUGGAAGUUCCAAGAAGAGAGUGCGCCAGCUUCGAGAGGAGUUUGACCAGGGCUGGGAGGUGAACCUGGACGAGGAGCACAGUGUCCACGAUGUGGCUGCGCUGCUGAAGGAGUUUCUUCGAGACAUGCCCAACCCACUGCUGACAAGGGAACUUUACACAGCCUUCAUCAACACGACACUGCUGGAUAAUUCAGACCAAGAAAGUGCCCUCCAGCUCCUCGUGUUCAUGCUGCCCCCUUGUAACAGUGACACACUCUACCAUCUCCUCUGCCUGUUGUCCACUGUGGCUGCACAUGCUGAAGACCGCCUCACCAAGGAUGGACAGAAGAUAUUUGGAAACAAGAUGACAUCACUCAACCUGGCGACCAUCUUCGGGCCCAACCUGUUACACAAGCAGAAGAAGGACAAGGAGUUUGCGGUGCAGAGUUUUGCUCGCGCAGAGGAGAGCACAGCCAUCAUCAGUGUGGUCCAACGGAUGAUCAAUACAUGUGAUAAAUUAUUCAUGGUAGGAAAUAGUUUCAAAGAUCUCUUUCUUUAAAUGAUAUGAAGCAUUUUUUAACCGUAUCUUUAGUUUAUUCUUAAUAUAAACAUCGAUUGAUUGGUUUAUUUUAACGUGGCAGUGAUUUGAGUAUUGUCAAUGGAUGAGUUUGAAUGUCAGAAAACUGUGUUUUUCUUUUGCUGCUGAAAGUUUUUUAGGUCCUUUGAAGAACAUUGUGAAAAAUUCUGGUUGCUUUUUUUUCAAAAUCCCUUUUUACAAAAACAAAAAAAAGCUCCAGGCGAAGACUGAAUAAGCCAGCUGGUGAGAAAUAACAGAUACAUCAGUACAAAGACGGUCCGAUGGGCUAAACAAAAUAACAUCUGGAGAGUUUUGCAAAGGCAACUAAAUGUUGUGAAUCUGUAAAAGCUCUCCCACUCACUCUUAGCUAUCGUCUCUUUUCAUCUGUAUCUAAACUCCCUCCAAUAUAGUGAGAGAAAAUCUGUUUGUGGGGAGUGGCUCUCAGUCUAGUUGUCAGUCUGUGAGUGUGUGGUGUUGACAUGAAGUGUGUAUUUCACAGCAGCCAGGUGGAGCUAGGGCAGAGCAGGGCUCAGAAGAAAGGCCUUCUGAGGCGUAGUUUUAUAAUUCAGAAAGCACAUUACAUCGUCUAAAUGGUCUUUGCAUUUCGGAAAUACCAAUCAUUUUUAAAAGGAGGAUUGACGUGCGUUCAAUAUUUUACUUAAACUGACAGCAGAAUCUUUUUUU